AUGCUUCCCACAAAACGCACACGCACACCUCCAGGGAAUCCAGAUAGUUUAUCCUCCAAGUAUGGAGCCGGAAAAUUCGUUUCUCGGAGUAGAAAGCAGCAGCUAUUCAGGGACAGUCCGUCGGUAUCACGACGUCUAGACAGGCGUCAGGGAUCAUCUACUCCAGAUGGACGAUCGCAUUCGCCAGCCGUCAUUACGCUCGGUGUAGGCCCCGAUAGACGCCUCUUCGCAGCUCACAAAGACAUUCUAUGCGUAUCACCGUUCUUCGCCACAGCGUAUGCCCAAGCCAAUCCGGCCGACUCUCCCAACAGACGGAUCAACCUGCCCGACGAGCAACCGGAAAUCAUCUCGUGUAUCCUCGAGUACCUCUACAAGGGCGAUUACUACCCCCGCCUGGUCCACAACAAGCAAUGCAAUUCCUGGGAGUUGGAGGAGACGGGAACCGAUAAGGAUGGCCAGAGUAAUGGGGCGACUUUGUUUCAUCAUGCCGCUGGUGCGGAGAUCCUACGAGAUACUGCUGUUUACUGCGCGGCGGAAAAAUAUGGCCUAGACCUCCUCAAACGCCUGGCCUUGCGAAAACAAGGCUUACAUUCUGGUAUCCAGUGCAGUACUAUCCUCACUAGUGCGCGCUAUGCUUACAGCAAUACCCCCGAUAACGAGUCCAAGCUCCGGGCGCAUUACCUCGCCUUGAUCAUUCGGAGUCGGUCGACGUUCAAACGCAGCGGAACGAUGCAAAUGGAGAUGGAAGAAGGGGGAAAGCUGUUUUUCGAUCUUUUUGUUGCAAUGUGCAAUCAUAUGGACGAUCUUUCGUCGAAUGUUAAACCCUCUCUUAGGUGUUAA